CCACGAGAUAGAGCGCCAUCGUUUAAGGCGGGGCAGAAAACGGAAGCUCCAAAGUCAUAUGAUCGAUUUGUAAUUCCUAUAGCACUGUUCGUUAUUCCUUUCAUUCGUUGCAAAGAUGGCUAGUCAGACGCAAGGUAUUCAACAACUUUUAGCAGCCGAAAAACGUGCUGCUGAAAAAGUUGCCGAAGCUAGAAAGCGUAAAGCUCGUAGAUUAAAGCAAGCCAAAGAAGAAGCUCAAGAUGAAAUUGAAAAAUAUAGACAGGAACGAGAAAAACAAUUUCGUCGAUUUGAAGCAAAGCAUAUGGGUUCGAAGGAAGAUGUAGCUGCACGUAUUGAAGCCGAUACCAAAGUAAAGAUUGAAGAAAUGAAUCAAGCCAUUUCCGUGCACAAAGAUACAGUAAUGUAUAAAAUCUUGGAAUUGGUGUACGACAUUAAGCCACAAUUGCACAUGAAUUAUCGCAAUGAAAUGUAAACUCUAAGGAUAUAUAUAUAUAUAUAUAUAAAUAUAUAUAUAUAUAUUCAACAAUUAUAAAUACUACAUUUUAUGCUAUACAUGUACAUUAAAUAUUAUUUGCUAUAUCAUAUCUUAAAACAUAUUUAUCACCGUUAUAUCAUAUGUUGAUCAGGAAAUCUUAUAUAUGUACUGUUUAGUUAUAGACAGUAAUAUUUAAAUUCUUAGAGUCUUUCCUGCAAUUGUUAUAAGACAAUAAAUGUAAUUGUAACUAUGUUAUUACCAAGCUUCAACCACCAAUAUAAACAGUCACAGAAUUAGCACAGUAAUGAGAAUGAUAGAAGUUUAAAUAAAUAAAUAUUUUCUACCUGCCGUUUCAAGGCCUAGGGGCGACAGAUAGAAGUUUAAACACCGAUAUUUAUUAGUACUGUUUAAGGUGAUGGUAACAAAUUGUACAAUGUUAAUGUAUGUUGGUAGAUGUCAUUCCAUGAUCUGUAACAUCGAGGACAAAAAAAAAAUAUUUAUGUCAUCUACAGCCUCUCUAGGUUUACAAACAAGCUCCCAAUCCAAUGUAAACCUUGCGACGAUGUAGAAAUAUAAUAUUCCCUUAUAAAUAUUAUAUGCUUUGUUAAGUUUAACGAUUAUGGGUAACCUUGCCUCGCGUGUAUACUCUGUCUCUGUAAGUUGGUUGAUUGUCUGUACAGUAUUAAUGUUCAAAAAAAUAAAAAAGAAAAAAAAAAACGGUAACACCGUA